AUUAACGUCUUUGUCAACCUGGUUUUGUUUAUUCAAUUUACUAUAUUUUUCUUAUUUGGAUUCGUUACUCCAUCAAUUAUCUUAUUAGGGUCUCUGAUUAGAUUACAUAUUUCUCAAUCAUUGAUGCCUUAUUAAUGUUCUGAUCGAGUUUAUCCUUUAAAGCAAAUUCUGGUUUAAUGGCUGGCUAGUUUCUUUUCUUUGCCUUCUCUUGCUCUGGUUUCUCCGGAGAAGCAAAGUUUCCAUGGCUGAGGGCGCAGUUGGGCCACGGUUGUACUGUUGUUUUAAGUGCAGAAACCUUGUUUCCUGUCACGAUGAUAUUGUCUCCAAGACUUUUCGGGCAAACAAUGGUAGAGCCAUUCUGUUCUCCCAUGCAAUGAACAUUAUCUUAGGGCCGAAAGAGGACCGCCGGCUUAUCACUGGUGUCCACACGAUCGCUGAUGUUUACUGCUCCGAUUGUGGGGAGUUAUUAGGUUGGAAGUAUUGGAAAGCUUAUGAAGAAUCGCAGAAGUACAAGGAAGGAAAAAUUGUUCUUGAAAAUUUCAAGAUUGUCAAGGAAAACUGGUAGCAGAUGUAUGGUCACCACAAGCCCUCGUGUCCUGGCCAAUGGCCAUCCAUACAAGUUCUUUGAUUGCCUUGAGAAUGUUUAUCUUUUACACAGUAUCAAUUCAAAUUCUAAUUAAAUGGACAUUAGCAUGCUUCAUGUGGUGAAAAAUAUUAUCAUUAAUGAAUGUUUUCCAUGUAAUUA